ACCGAUCGCUUUUCCAGAUUCUGCACAGUUGCGCCCUCUCUGAAUGACCCACGCGUCUGUACGCAUUCAGACGACACAGCUCCUGGAAUCAUGGCGGACGGUCACAGCAACAACAAUCACGUCCCUGUUUUGCUUUCAUUUUCGGCGUUUUCGCGGCCGUCCUCUGUGCCUGUUGGUUCUGGAUAUGAAGUGCUCAUUCAAAAGUUUUUGUCAAUCUACGGACGCCAGAUUGACCUCCAUCGUAAAUUCAUGAUUCAAUUGUAUUCGGACGAGUGGGCACAGUACAUUGAUUUGCCGAAAGGAUUCAUCAUAUCUGAGAAAUGCAAGCUACGAUUUGUACCUUUGGAAACGGAUGUGACAGUACUGGGGAACCUGAUCCCUGCCACCACGGUUUUCUUCUGCUGUGACAUGCAGGAAAGAUUCCGCCCAGCUAUCAAGUACUUCGGUGACAUCAUCAGUGUGGGACAGAGACUGCUUCAGGGGGCUCGUAUCCUGGGGAUCCCCGUCAUCGUGUCGGAGCAGUACCCCAAAGGCCUGGGUAGCACGGUGCAGGAGAUGGACCUUACUGGAGCCAGGCUGGUGUUCCCUAAGACCAAGUUCUCCAUGGUGCUGCCUGAGGCUGAGGCAGCCCUGGCCGACCUGCCGGGGGUCCGCAGCGUGGUGCUGUUCGGGGUGGAGACCCAUGUGUGCAUCCAGCAGACAGCCCUAGACCUGCUAGCGAGGGGUUUCGAGGUGCACAUGGUGGCAGACUCCACCUCAUCCCGUAGCAUGAUGGACAGAAUGUUUGCACUGGAGCGAAUGGCUCGCACCGGGAUCAUUGUCACCACCAGUGAGUCUGUCCUCCUCCAGCUGGUAGGCGACAAGGAGCACCCGAAAUUCAAGGAGAUCCAGAAUAUCAUCAAGGCCAGCGCCCCCGAGUCUGGCUUGCUUUCUAAGGUCUAGACUAGGCCACACAUGGUCAAAAAGGAAAAGGUAGAAUGUGUCCUUAUCCACUUAUCCCAGAUACAGCUCGGGGUGGCAGGGUAGCCUAGUGGUUAGAGCAUUGGACUAGUAACCGAAAGGUUGCAAGUUCAAAUCCCCGAGCUGACAAAGUACAAAUCUGUCGUUAUGCCCCUGAACAGGCAGUUAACCUACUGUUCCUAGGCCGUCAUUGAAAAUAAGAAUUUGUUCUUAACUGACUUGCCUAGGAAAAUAAAGGUAAAAUAAAUAAUUUUACCUUUAUUUAUUUAUGUUUAUAUUCUUGUAGUGGAUAAGGAUAGAACGUUUAGGUGUAGAGUAGCCUGAUCCUAGAUCUGUGGUUAAAUUAGUAUGUAAUGGUUAAGGUUAGGAUUGAGGGUAGGGAUAUCUGUGGUUAAAUUAGUAUGUCAUGGUUAAGGUUAGGAUUGAAGGGUAGGGAUAUCUGUGGUUAAAUUAGUAUGUCAUGGUUAAGGUUAGGAUUGAAGGGUAGGGAUAUCUGUGGUUAAAUUAGUAUGUCAUGGUUAAGGUUAGGAUUGAAGGGUAGGGAUAUCUGUGGUUAAAUUAGUAUGUCAUGGUUAAGGUUAGGAUUGAAGGGUAGGGAUAUCUGUGGUUAAAUUAGUAUGUCAUGGUUAAGGUUAGGAUUGAAGGGUAGGGAUAUCUGUGGUUAAAUUAGUAUGUCAUGGUUAAGGUUAGGAUUGAAGGGUAGGGAUAUCUGUGGUUAGGGACAACUUCUACCAUCAAGCAGUGGCAGAGAACCAAGAGGAAUCGAGAGGUUUAAAGUGGCAAUCUGCAGUUGCUUAAUAUAUUUUUGGAGUUAUAAUUGAAUUAUAUGUACCCAUUGAUUCUUGAAGAAUAUAACUUGGAAAUGCCUCAUGACCUUAGUUCAGCUGUCACAGUCCAUGAGAACCCAAAAUAUAAUCGUAUUUUAUUCCAAUGUUUGUAAACAACAAUAUAUAUAUUGCAUCCAUAGCUUUGUCUAUGGAUUUGAGUGGUUACAUUUCACCAGCCCCUCCCUUAUCUUUUUUUCUGCUGAUUUGAUGCUUUAAGGUGAAUUGGGGGAUGGACCAGUUUUCUUUCCGUCCUGGUCUGGGAAGGGGAUGGGCCAGUUUUCUUUUCGUCCUGGUCUGGGAAGGGGAUGGACCAGUUUUCUUUCCGUCCUGGUCUGGGAAGGGGAUGGACCAGUUUUCUUUCCGUCCUGGUCUGGGAAGGGGAUGGACCAGUUUUCUUUCCGUCCUGGUCUGGGAAGGGGAUGGACCAGUUUUCUUUCCGUCCUGGUCUGGGAAGGGGAUGGACCAGUUUUCUUUCCGUCCUGGUCUGGGAAGGGGAUGGACCAGUUUUCUUUCCGUCCUGGUCUGGGAAGGGGAUGGACCAGUUUUCUUUCCGUCCUGGUCUGGGAAGGGGAUGGACCAGUUUUCUUUCAGUCCUGGUCUGGGAAGGGGAUGGACCAGUUUUCUUUCCGUCCUGGUCUGGGAAGGGGAUGGACCAGUUUUCUUUCCGUCCUGGUCUGGGAAGGGGAUGGACCAGUUUUCUUUCAGUCCUGGUCUGGGAAGGGGAUGGACCAGUUUUCUUUCCGUCCUGGUCUGGGAAGGGGAUGGGACAGUUUUUUUUCAGUCCUGGUCUGGGAAGGGGAUGGACCAGUUUUCUUUCAGUCCUGGUCUGGGAAGGGGAUGGACCAGUUUUCUUUCAGUCCUGGUCUGGGAAGGGGAUGGGACAGUUUUUUUCAGUCCUGGUCUGGGAAGGGGAUGGGACAGUUUUUUUCAGUCCUGGUCUGGGAAGGGGAUGGGCCAGUUUUUUUCAGUCCUGGUCUGGGAAGGGGAUGGGACAGUUUUCUUUCGGUCCUGGUCUGGGAAGCUCAUUGCGUAUGCAGCAUUUCACUCCAGCUGGAGUAAAUAUUGUGAAAAUCCAACCUUGUUGUCGGGAAGGACUUGUCUGGAACUGGAUGUGCUCAUUGAGGUGAUGUCGUAGGACCACUCCAUUUCCACUGACCAGUUUCAUGUGGGUUUGAUAAACACCGGGUCUCAGACUAGGUUUGGGAAACCUUGGCUGGGCUUAUUUGUGUACCAAUGAUAUUUAUGCACUGAGCGUUCCAGCCUGCCCGAGCACAUGGGUGAUUUAAGUGCUUGCUUCAUGUGACUGGUAUAUUGUAUGUGAGUCAGGGUAUGAUGUAGGAAAAAUGAAUAAAUAUGAUAUAUUUCCUAAUGUA